ACCGCAGACCACAGACCACAGACCACAGACCACAGACACCCAGUCGAUGGAUAUGGUAUCGGAAACGAGGACGACGGUAUUGAGUUCGAAUGAGAACCUCGAUGAUGUGAUACGUCUAGGCUCGAGGCCUAGUACGUGGAGCACAUCAGCAUCUACCACAAACGCAUUUCCAAGAGCCGCGGCAUCCGCAACGACGAGGACAUCACCACUGGGCCACGACUCUGACGACGACGUGAUCUUCUUAUAUUCAAGGCCAGUCCCGAAAGCAGCAGUUCGGCCCGACCAGCACCAACGUCCCCGACUACAGCCGAACGACAAAAAGCAAUCCUUACGAAAAUUGCCCAAAAAGAACAAAGCGAAACGAAAACCAUCACAAAAAGUACCGAAUAGCAGAAGGAGUGCGCGUCUAGAGUACGCAGAAGUCGGCUGGCUAGCAUCUUCGGGCGCCCAACGGCAAGCUGUGUACGGAUGCCUCAGUAGAAGCGGGCAGCUGCGUUACUGGUCCUGCUCGGCACAGGACGAUGGUGGCUCCAUCAAACACAGGGAGAUAAUUUUCUGUCCGGAGCUCCAAGGCCUGAGUCCGGACCAGAUACGCAAGAAAUUGUCAAGGAAAAUGCACAGGGCGGCGAGAAGAAACGUCCGAGACGAGAGCUGAGGUGCAGUCGUUCGCAAAUCAAUCAAUCUUGCAACGCUUCCAGAUCUCUCGCCGGCCAAGAAUUUGGCGUCCAUCUUCGCCGGGGCAGCCGUACUCUUCAGCAUAUAGUACGUACACAAGAUCGAGCAUCGUUGCUAUCGUCUCGGUCACAGCAGCGAGGGAUACGUCUGCCUCACCACACAGUCGCUCGUCAAUUUUCUCCUCGGCUGGCAAGUC